GAGGGUGUUAUCGUGGACACUGUGUUCUACAAUAACCUCAGCGCCAUGAACGGGUCGAUCACGCACACGGGCGACGCUACCGACGGGACGUCCGAUGGGGUGGACGAGUCCGUCUGGAUCCAGCUGGCGCUGGUCCCGGAGCAGGUCUGGGGGAUCAUCUUCGUCGUGUGCGCCUUCUCGAAGGGCAGCCGCCUCAAGGAUGACGUGAAGAACGGGCGGGUGGUGCUGAUGGAGGGCACCUGCCUGAACCGGCUGCAGUCCUUCAGGAUAGAGGACAGCGUCGCGAACGCCGACGUGGUGGGCCUGGUGAAACGCACCAGGGAGGGCGGCUGGGCCUUCAAGGAUCGGGAAUUGACGAGCCCGCCGAGUUCGGCUCCCACUUCGUCGACAUCAUCGAGCCGUGCAUCGGCGACGUCAUCCGUGCCGAGCUUCCUGGAGCCCCGGCCUUCCAGAAGAUCUCUUUCGUCACGGACAAGGACCACUCCGUGGCCAGCCUGCCCGCCGACGCGGUGCUGA